CGCUCUCAUGUUUGUUGCAUUACUCUGCAGUAUUUGAGCGCCUGACAGGAUGUGUGCGCGCUAUCUUGGAUUUGUGCUUCUGAUUUGGUUUGCAGGAGUGUGGCAUGCACAAAAUGAAAAUGUCUGCAGGGCUCCUGUGCUGAAUGAGGGUUAUUAUGUCCCUGAUGAAGAGACUUACUUUAAUAAAGCAGAGCUCACUUACGCUUGUGAUUCUGGACGGAAACCGGUGGUGGAGGGUUGGUGGGCGACAAGCAGAUGUGAAAAUGGGAAUUGGGUUCAUAAACCACAGUGUAUAGAUGAAAAUGCCUGCCUCCCCCCAACAAUACCUCAUAGAAAAUAUGAUAAAGCAGAAGAGGGUUGGUACAAAGAACAGGAAAUUAUUUUGGUACAAUGUGACGAUGCAUAUGUACUCAAAGGCAACCGUAGCCCCACGUGUAGAAAUGGAACCUGGAGCCCUUUGCCUGUCUGUGAGAGAAGGAGAGAUUCAUGCAGUGAGCCUCCACAAAUCUCUCAUGCAGUCAUAAAAAGCAUGAAUGCGUGCAGCGUGCCUCCUAAAAUCCCCCAUGCAGUCAUCGUUCAUCAGGACUACCAGGAAGUGUUUGCUGCAGGUUCAGAAGUGCAGUAUGAGUUUUCAGCACAAAAUGAAAAUGUCUGCAGGGCUCCUGUGCUGAAUGAGGGUUAUUAUGUCCCUGAUGAAGAGACUUACUUUAAUAAAGCAGAGCUCACUUACGCUUGUGAUUCUGGACGGAAACCGGUGGUGGAGGGUUGGUGGGCGACAAGCAGAUGUGAAAAUGGGAAUUGGGUUCAUAAACCACAGUGUAUAGAUGAAAAUGCCUGCCUCCCCCCAACAAUACCUCAUAGAAAAUAUGAUAAAGCAGAAGAGGGUUGGUACAAAGAACAGGAAAUUAUUUUGGUACAAUGUGACGAUGCAUAUGUACUCAAAGGCAACCGUAGCCCCACGUGUAGAAAUGGAACCUGGAGCCCUUUGCCUGUCUGUGAGAGAAGGAGAGAUUCAUGCAGUGAGCCUCCACAAAUCUCUCAUGCAGUCAUAAUUCAUCAAUACCAGGAGGUGUUUUCUGCAGGUUCAGAAGUGGAGUAUGAAUGUGAAGAAGGUUAUACUCGAAAGGGCAACGAGAUCAUCGUUUGUGAACGUGGACAAUGGACUGCAGGGCCAACAUGCAGCGAAUCAUCAGCAGAUCAGGGACCCCCUGCAUCAGACGCAAACGUCCAGCCUGAGGGGGGAGACAGAAGAGAAAGUGGAGCUGGCAGUGGUAAACAACCGGAGGUGGGGGGAAUGGGCAGAGGACAGCACGACCCUGCUGUCAGUGGGGGACAACCUUCUGGUGGAGGCAGAGGAACUACUGGACAUCAGAGAGGAUCUUCUAGCACCUCUGACUCAAAUAACAGAGACAGUAGACCCAUGCUGGUGAAUAUUCAGUCAUGUGGAGCCCGCCCAUACAUCGAAAAUGCUGCAGUUGUGGCAGAAGGUCCAAUGUAUUUAAAAUACCAGUGUAAUGGCUUUUACAAACUAGCUGGUCAAGACACUGUGAGUUGUUACAGUGAUGGUAGCUGGUCCAAACUACCCACCUGUGAGGGUAUAUCAUUUUCUGACAGUCUCCACUGCCUCCGUGGUGGGUAUGCAAGUGAAGAGAGAGACUACAUUAAAGGACACCAUGGUUUCAUCUGGAUCCAGGGUAAGUUUCUGGACCUUGUCAAAGAAGUCGGUGGAGUUCUUGAUGUGGUGUGGGGUGUUCCCCACGAGAGGAGCAAGGAUGUGCUGGUGCUGCUUUGUUGUUGGGACGAUUUAAAAAUGUGCUUCAAAUAUUUUGCAUUUGCUCUUCUUUGGUUUCCUGGAGUGCUGCACGCACAGAGCACCACACAGGCCUGUGAUGCUCCCACACUGGAUGGUGGCUUCUUUGCCCCAAAGCAAGAGACUUACUCUCAGGGCACCAAGCUGAGCUACACCUGCAACGAAGGACGUACGCUAGCAAUGAAGGGUUGGUGGGCAACCAGCACAUGUCACAAUGGAAAAUGGUCUCAUCAGCCACAGUGUAUAGAAAGCAUGAAUGCGUGCAGCGUGCCUCCUAAAAUCCCCCAUGCAGUCAUCGUUCAUCAGGACUACCAGGAAGUGUUUGCUGCAGGUUCAGAAGUGCAGUAUGAGUGUGAGGAUGGAUACACUGCAGAGGGAGCACACAACAAAAAAUCUGUUUGUACACAAGGAAGCUGGACACAAGGCCCGACCUGCAGUAAGUGGACGUGAAUUAAACUUCUUGACACACUAU